ACAGGGGAUCCCCCAGCUUGUCAGCAACAUCAAUGCCUGCCAGGUUAUUGCAGAAGCCGUGCGCACUACCCUGGGGCCUCGGGGCAUGGACAAGCUCAUUGUGGAUGACCGGGGCAAAGCCACCAUCUCUAAUGACGGUGCCACCAUCCUGAAGCUCCUCGAUGUUGUCCAUCCGGCUGCAAAGACGUUAGUGGACAUCGCCAAAUCUCAAGAUGCAGAGGUUGGUGAUGGUACCACGUCCGUAACUCUGCUCGCUGCUGAGUUCCUGAAACAAGUGAAGCCCUACGUGGAGGAAGGUCUCCAUCCUCAAAUCAUCAUCCGUGCCUUCCGCACAGCAACGCAGCUGGCUGUAAACAAGAUCAAAGACAUUGCUGUUACUGUGAAGAAGGAAGAUAAAGAUGAGCAGAGAAGCCUGCUGGAGAAAUGUGCAGCCACAGCCCUGAGCUCUAAGCUGAUCUCUCAAAGCAAGGAGUUUUUCUCCAAGAUGGUCGUAGAUGCUGUCAUGAUGUUAGACGACUUGUUACAACUCAAAAUGAUUGGAAUCAAGAAGGUGCAAGGAGGCGCUUUGGAAGACUCUCAGCUGGUGGCCGGGGUUGCCUUCAAGAAGACAUUCUCUUACGCUGGGUUUGAAAUGCAGCCCAAGAAGUAUCAGUCUCCCAAGAUCGCCUUGCUGAAUGUGGAGCUGGAGCUCAAAGCUGAGAAGGACAAUGCUGAAGUCAGAGUAAACACGGUGGAGGAUUACCAGGCCAUCGUGGAUGCAGAGUGGAACAUCUUGUAUGACAAGCUAGACAAAAUCCACAAGUCGGGAGCCAAAGUCGUCCUGUCCAAACUUCCUAUCGGUGAUGUGGCUACUCAGUAUUUUGCAGAUAGAGACAUGUUUUGUGCUGGCCGUGUCCCAGAAGAAGAUCUCAAGCGAACUAUGAUGGCCUGCGGCGGUUCCAUUCAGACUAGUGUCAAUGCCCUGUCGGAUGAUGUUCUGGGCCGAUGCGAACUCUUUGAGGAGACUCAGAUUGGAGGAGAGAGGUAUAACUUCUUCACAGGCUGCCCGAAGGCAAAGACUUGCACAAUAAUCCUGCGAGGGGGUGCAGAGCAGUUCAUGGAAGAGACGGAACGGUCCCUGCACGAUGCCAUCAUGAUAGUCAGGAGAGCGAUCAAGAACGACUCGGUUGUUGCCGGCGGUGGUGCAAUAGAGAUGGAGCUUUCCAAAUACCUCCGGGACUAUUCCAGGACCAUUCCAGGCAAGCAGCAGCUGCUGAUAGGUGCUUAUGCUAAAGCCCUCGAGAUCAUUCCCCGCCAGCUCUGCGACAACGCUGGCUUUGAUGCCACCAACAUACUGAACAAGCUGCGAGCCAAGCACGCCCAGGUAGGUGCCCGCCUUUGAACCGAGGGCUGUUAGGGGGAACCAGCAGUGCCUGUGAUUUCUUUCUUUCUUUCCCUGUUUUUUUUUUUCUUUCCCUCUCGAGCCUGACGCAUCCGGUGCAAUUGCGCUAAGCCCAUGUUAGGCUUGUGUCCUCUUUGAUUAAAUGCAGUGUUUUGGUUUCAGCUCGAGUGUGGGCUUGGUGCAAGUUUCUAUAAAAGGAAAUGAUCUGUUUUCCCUUUGAUCACGGCUGUCGGGUGACUUCUAGAGCUGGGAGUUUUGAUUUGCUUUUUAAAAAUGCAUCAUUUGCCAGGAGGGAGGCUUCUAUAUUAAACAUUAAAGUAAUUAGAGUACAGAAGUUGGCCGAGCUGUGUGUUUUCCAGAGGAGCUGCAGACCGAAGGUCCCGAUUGCUUGCGAUCGUUUUGGAUCUUGUGGAGCCUGUGCGCCCACGCAGUCCUAAUUUGGGCAGUUGGAGGUUGCCCCGUUGCUUCUCGUAGAAGCUGUUGUUGCUUUGUGGGGUCGCUCCCACCAUGUUUCAUCCUGCCGACGGUCGUGGGGUUGGGAGAGUCGCCCUGAAAUGAAUGGCUGCAUCUUGGGCUGCAAAAACUGGGGCUGUGGGUAGGGGAGUGAGACAGCGGUGGGGCGGAAGUCAGUCCUGUAAAUCUCCUUCUACAGCUUCUCUCCAAAAUGGAGC